AAAGGUGUCUUCAUACUCAAGGUCUUGGAGGCCGAGCUGGUGCAGUGCCACCUGCAACCAACCAACUGGUCGUCCAUAGCUUGUAGCCAAGCAUUUGAAACACGCACAGCUUAGAAUGUGCAAACGGCAAUCGGUCAAUUGAGAGGGCGCCUGUGCUGCUGGUGCUGCAAAUGUUCUUGCGAACCAAGAGGCAAGGCCAGCGCGGCCAGAUGAACGCCGCGGUGGUCUACGCCGUCCAGCAAAAUGCGGAGGAGACGUUCGCCUACCUCAAAAGCGAGGAGCGGGACAGCCUGCACUCGGACCACAUCCUUGUGGCCCUGUCCUCCGUGGCUCAGCUGCUGGGGCUGACCAGCGGUGACGUGCAGCGCCUGCUUGGGCUGGAGCUGAAGGGGCCAUCCUACCGCGCCGCCGGCAUGAGCCUGACGGAGUUCGUGGCGGCGGUGCGCUGCUGCGCGCUGCUGCACGGCCACCUGGCACUGCAGGCGCUGCCGGCGUUGCGGGUUCCGGACCUCAGCGGGGCGCUGUUCCACACCUACCUGGCCUACAGCACGGGCGCGAGGCACCACGGCGGCGCCGGCUGUGGCGGCGCCGGCGCGUCCUGCGCCUGCCGGCUGUUGCCGGGCGAGCCGCACCCACGCAUGUACCGCGAUAGCUUCAUUCGGCUGUGCCGGGACGCGGGCUUCGAGCAGCCGCACGGUCCGCUAACGACUGGCAUCCUGGAGCGCAUUUGGACGGGGUGCAGCGCGGUAUGUCGCAGCAGCGAGCUGGAGCACAUGCGGUUCGGCCAGUUCCUGCGCGCGCUGGCGGUGGUGGCGGGGCAGCUCAAGGGCGAUGCCUUCACACCAGUGGCGGCAAUGGGGCUGGUGUCAGAGGUGCCGGGGCUCCGGCAGGUGGCCUACGCGCCGUACCCCUACAAGCAGUUCCAAGAGUCGCCCGCCAACCAGGGCGGCGCCUGGGUGCUGCCGCCGCAGCUGAACCUGGAGGCCAUGGCGGGCGCCGUACAGGACGGCCGGCAGUACGAGUACGGCUCCGUGAUGCGGGAGGCCCAGCAGCUCAUGCAGCAGCACGUGCCGCAGCACGCGCAGCAGCAGCACGGCUUGCCGUACGGAGCCGCGGCCGCAGCCAGCAACCAGCGGGCAGGAGGGCAGCGGGGAGCUGGUGGGGCAGGGGCGGGGUUUGCUGCUCCGCAGCAGGCCUGGCGGGCGUGGGCUCCAGGCAACGGCGACACGUCCGCAAGCGCGGGGGCGGGGCCGGGGGCUUCUGGUGGACCAAGCCCUGCACUGGGAGCCAGCAGCUCUGGCCGCCUGCGACCCACAAGCGCCAGUAUGGUGCUCUUGUCGCCCUACGCGCGGCGGGCGGGUAAGGCCGAGGCCGGGGGCGCCACCAAUGGCAGUAGCACCAGCUCACCGCGGGCGCCGGUGCGGAGCUCCUCGCAGGGCUUUGGCGGCGUCACGGGCGGCUGGAUGGCCGGGCCCGACCAGUCACAGCACCAGUCGCUUGCAGCUGAGGCGCCCUUCACACACGGCCCGGCAGCCGGGCGUGGCGCUGGACCGCGUGACGACACUGGCUGGGCCGCUGGCAGCAGCAAUUUGCCGCGGGGACCGGCGGCUCGGUACGGCUCCGAUGGCCGGUGCCCCUCCAACGCCUCGUCCGCUGGCGCGGCGGCGGCCUUCGGGACCUUUGACGGCUACUACGGUGGCCUGGGCGACAGUGUGAAUGGCCUGGGUGACGCCAUGGGCAGCGCGGCUAUGCCCGGGGGCAGCUUUGGCAGAAGCAGCGUUGGCGAGGGUGGGAACUUUGGCGGGGGCGUGGCCGCAGUAGCAGGCAUGGGCGUGGGCGAGCCAUGGGCGAGCACGGGGGGCGGCUGGGGGCUCCGCGGCGAGUAUGAGGGACGCAUGCAGGGCCUGGAGGCUCAGAACGGCCAGUUGUUGGCAGGGAUGGCGGCGCUGCAGGCGCAGAUGGAGGCGCUGGUCCGGGCGCAGCAGGAGCAACAGCAACAGCAACAGCAAGAGCAACAGCAACAGCAGCAGCAGCAGCAGCAGGCGGGCGGGGCGGGAACCGGCGGCCGUGGGUCGGCGCACGCCACCUUCUCUUUCCUCACGCUCCCGCCGGACCGUGGCCCGGACGACGCCGGCGCCGAGCUGAGCACGCCCUGGCUCACUGGACGCGCCAAGAGCGGCGAUGGUGGUACCAGCAGCGGCAACGGCACCGGUGAUGCCGGGCUGGCGACCGGAGGGCAGGGGCUGGGUGGCGGCGCGGCGCCGGGCCAGGCGCGUUACGAGGUGGUGGUGUCCACGUCGGACGUGGAGGGCGCCGGAACCGACUCGCGCCUGUUCUUGACGCUACUGGGCGAGGGCGAGCGGGCGACGCGUGAGGUGCCGCUGCGAAGCGACCGCAGCCCAGCCUUUCAGCGUGGCCAGGUGGACACGUGUGUGCUGCUGGCGGAGGACGUGGGUGAGCUGCGGCGCCUGCGCAUCCGCACCGACGGCGCCGGCCCCGCCGCUCCCAGCUGGCACCUGCAGCAUGUGGAGGUCGCCAGCAGCGCCACCGGCGCACGCUACAGCUUCCCCUGCGCCUGCUGGAUAGGGCCCGCGCCCGACGCAUCACAGCAGCGGGAGGACCCGGAUCCGGACCCGGAGCUGGACUCGCAAGGUCCAGAACAGGGCUACGAUGGGCGUGGCGAAGGGCGGGGGCAGGGGCAGGGGCAGGGGCAGGGGCAAGGGCGGGGCCCUCUGGAGGUGGAGCUGAACUGCAUGGCCGUGACGCCGCUGGACGCGGGGUCCGUGUCGGCAGGCAGCGAGGGCCGCGGCGGCGGCGCCGUCUCCCCCGCCUUCACCGACGCCUCGCUCUCACACGAUCUACACCCUCAGCACCCUCAGCACCCCCCGCCCCAUCCACAGCAGCAGCACCGGCUGUCGGCAGUGCAGGCGGCCCAGCGGCCGGGCGGCGCCCGCCGCUCCAGCGAGGGCGCGGGCGUGCUGGGUGCCAGGCCAUCCGGGCCGUCAGUGGCGAACGUCAGCCUCGCCAACUUCCCUGUGGCUGCAACGCCGUCGCGCUACUCAGCCGCCAUGGCUGAGUCCAUGGACAGUACGUUGGCUGGCAGCACGGCGGCGGCGGCAGUGGUGGCGGCGGCGGCGGCGGCGCAGGCCAGUGGAGGAGGACGUGGCGGCGGUGGGGGAGGAGAUGGCUCAGGCACGGCGGCGGCGCUGGCGGCGCUGACACGCCGGGUGGAGGAGCUGGAAUGGGAGGCGGCGGAGGCGCGGCGGGCGGCGGAAGCCGACGCGCGAGCGCUGCUGCAGCGGCUGCCCGCGCCGCUGCUGGCUGCCGCAAAGGCCCGCAGCGACACCGCGUCGCUGGGCGUGGCGGCUGCGGGCGGGUCGCCGGCCCCGCGCGCUAGCGCUGAUGGAACUGGCAGUCCCAGCGAGGGUGCCCAACGGCGGAGCAGCACCAGCGGCGGCAGCGUCACCGGCGGCGGCACCAGUGCCGCUGCAAGCGAGGGAGCUGACGGGGCCGCCGCGCCCGCCGCGCGCCCGCUUGCCCUUGUCGCUGACCUGUUGGCGCACGUCCAUGCCAAGGCGGAAAAUGCCGGCGUGGCGGCAGCGUCAGCCACCGGCCAGGCCGCAGAGGCAGCCUCGCUGGCCGCCGCCGGCCAGGCGCAGCUGACGGAGGCGGCGGCGCAGGGGGCGGCAGCGCUGGCGGCGGCUAAGAAGCAGCAGUCCCGGUUGUCGCAGCUGCAGCUCGAGCUGAAGGGCGCGGCGGCGCAGGCCUCCGAGUCGAACGCCAACUUGUCGUCGCAGCUGGCGGAGCUGCGCAAGGCUGCUCGGGGCGCCGUGAAGCGGGAGGAGCUGGACGCAGCUGUCUCGGCGCGUGUGGAGCAGGCGCUGGCCAAAUCACCACGGGCGGCAGCGGCGUCGGCGGCGGCAUCGGUGGUGUCGGGCCGAAAGGUCUCGUCUUCCGGCGGUGGCGGCGUCGGUAGCGGCAGCACUACUGCCGGUGGCGGCGGUAGCGGCAGCACUGGCGGUGCCGCGAAGGCGGUGGAUAUGGCGGCGGCGGCGCCGGAGCAUGACGGGCAGCCGCAGCCGCAAUCGGUUGGCGCAGAAGCCGCGCAGGCCACGCCUGCGCCGGUGGCGGCUGCUGCCGCUGCUGACGUGGACCGGCUGCACCAGCUGGACGCGGCGCAGCAGGCGCAGGCCAAGGCGCUGGCGGACGUGCAGAAGGCGCUGAAGCAGGCGGUGCGGAAGGCUGAGCUGGAUGCGGCACUGGAGGCCAAGCUGGCUGCGGUGAAGCAGGCCGCGGCGGCCACCUCCGCGGCCACUGUGGCCAAGGAGGCGCUGAAGGAAGCCGACGCUGCGCUAGAGGGAGCGCUGCAUGGAGUGCAGGCGCAGGUGGCAGGGCUGCAGGCGCAGGCGGCAGAGGCGCAGCGGCAGGCGGAGGCGGCGCAGGCGCAGCUGCAUGACCUGCACACCCAGGUGUUGAACCUGCAGGCGCAGGGCGGCGCACAGAUGGCGGGCCUGGCCGCGGCGAACCUGGAGUGCCGCGCGCUUGCGAGUAACCUGGAGCAGCAGCGGACGCAGCUGACGGCGCAGGUGGCGGAGCAGGCAGCGGUGGUGGCGGCGGCGGUGGUGUCGACGGGCGCCAAGGCCUCAGAGGAAGCGCUGGUGGCGGCACAGGCACUUGCGAUGGAGCUGAAGCAGCACAAGGCGGACCUGGCGGCGGCGCUGUCCGGCACAGCGGCGACGCUGGCGGCGUUGCGCGGUGGGCGGCGGAGCCGCCCCGCCAGCGGCGACGGCGCUUCGGCAGCGGUGAAGGGCUUGGCGGCCGGCGCGGCCGCUGCUGAGGGGCUGCAAGAGGCGCUGGAGGCAUUGAAGGAGGAGCUUCAGCACCUGGCAGCCUCAGUGCUCGCCACCGCCACCACUGAUGCUGCUGGCGGAGGUGCAGCUGCAGCCGCAACGGGCACCGGCGCUGCGGACGCUGAAGCUGACGCGCAGCGGCAGGGGCGCCUGUUGGCGGGCUUGGCGGAGGAGCAGCGCCGCCAAGCGGAUGCCCUGGCAGCCCUGCGCACUGCCCUGGCGGAGCAGGCAGCAGCCGCCGCCGCGGCCACAGCAGCGGUGGCUGCCCUAGGCGCCGGUGCCGACGCGGCGACGUCUCGCGCCGGCGGCGGCGCCAGUUCGCGGCAGGCAAGUGCCAGCGGAGCGCUGGCAGGCCCGCCGGGACCGAUGCCCAGCACGUCACCCGCGGGGUUGCAUGGCAACGGUGGCGCUGCCGGCAAGGCGCCGUGGGUGGUGGUCGGCAGCGGCGAUGAGGUGAUGCUGCGUGGGACCGGCAGCCAAAGACCCAGCAGCGCCGGCGGUGGCGCAGGGUCAGAGGGGCCAGGCUCCAGCGCGGCUGCGGCGAGCGGGGAAGAUGGCGCGGGCAGCCUGGAAGAGUCUGUGCGGGCGGCGCUGCGGCCUGCCGGCGCCUCUACGAAUGUCGACGAGGCACUUCGCCCGCAAGAAGCAACGGCGGCAGCAACAGCAGCAGCCGCGUCAUCGUCCAAGGACGGCCCUGCCGCCGCCGCUGGCGCGUUGUCGCCGGCACCGCCGCCGCCCGACCUGAGCGGCCGCGUCAAGCAGCUGCUGAGACUCUACGCGCUGCUAUCAGAGGACGUGCACGACCGCUUCGGAAUGCUGGAGCAGGCGCUAAUUCGUAUCGCGAAGCAGGUUGACUUCCUGCAGCGAGAGCUGAAGAAGCGCACGGACCAGGAGCAUCCGCCGCCGCCACCGCGGAUGGUGGUGGCGGCGGCGGCGUACCAUGAGCCGCGGGCUGGGGACAUGGACGGGUUCAGCAUGGACGGCGCCAUGGUACGGGCAGCGGACGCGCUGGUGGCACAACAGAGGCAGAGGUAGAAGGAGCAGGCGUAGAUUUUCUGUUGGAUGCAUACAGUGAGAUACUGUCGUUGUUGUUGUCGCUGGGUUUGUCUGUAAGGCGAAGAAUUUUGGGUCGUGUUCUGUAUGGGCAAAAUGCAUUUGGAUUCUGGGGACAACCGGGUGGGGGCCGUGAGAGCGAGGCGAGCGAGAGGCAGCGCAUCAGCAAUCUUGAUGGUUGGCUUGCCCCUUCCCCCGAAGGGGGAGGGGCAAUAGCCAUUGCGGUCGCAUCGAGCUCGCCGCGGGGGGGCCCUCCCGGUUAUUCCAGUUUUGAGUUGAGUUAUAACCUUGAAACCCGAGCGCAGCGAAAUUUGUCGUGCAAAUAAUGCGCCUUUCUAUGUAUGUAUUGCAAAGCGUAACUUUAUGAAAACGCAAGCCCUAUGCCAGAGCGGGGUAAACGCACGGGCGCAGCGUUUGCAUUAGAGCUCCAGCGCAACAUACAAUAUAUCACAAAUUGUAUCGAUAAUCAAGGCUCCCGGCACGGAAGGACGCAAGACGGAGGAAUCGACGCGUUGGAGGAUCCCGGAAAUUGCGCGCGAAAGCGCGAGGCGCAAAAGGUUGGCGCUAUCAGUGUUAGUUUCCCCGCAAUGACGAAUGCCGCGUUCUGUAUUCUG